GUCUAGUUUCCUAGUGAACGUCUUGUAGUGAAUCUCACACCAGUACGUACGCCAGAAUAGGAAUGGUAUUUACUAAUUCGAGGUAAGCGAGCGCCACCGUCUACCACCAUUGUAGCUACACAACUGGUUCCACUGGUUCUGCAACAGCAGUGAGAGUGAGAAUCAGACGCUGAAGCGGCACUGACCACUCAGGAUGACGUUGGACUGAAGAUGGCCUCACCCACUCCAUCUCUGGACUCACUUACUGGAGUAAACUCGCUUGGAUCUCUGAUUGAUCAGAACGACUACCACUCGCUGAGCAACUCGCCUGCCACUGCUUCUCCUACAGCAUCUGUAAGCAGCACCUUCAGUGGCAACGGAGCGCAGUACCUCACCAAGUGUUUCAUAUGCGAUGACAUUUACACCAAUCCCAAGGUCUUGCAUUGUUUUCACACAUUUUGUAAAGAUUGUAUUGAGGGUAAACAGGAAUAUCCAAACAAAAUAGUUUGCCCUCGCUGUCAAGUGGAAACCAUUUUGGGCUCCAGAGGUGUUGCAGACCUUGUCCCGGACUUUUCUGUCAACAACAUUAUCGAACAACAAAGCCAGAACCCCAGCUUCUGUACGAGUUGCAAGAGUAGAACAUUGUUUGCCAUCUCUCGUUGUGUGGACUGCAAGAGCUACCUGUGUGAAAACUGUACAAUGGCUCAUCAAUUCAUGCACUGCUUUGAAGGACAUCGAGUCCACAACCUCUCACAAACUGAAAAUGGGGAGAAGGAAGAUAUCAAGACAGGGUUGGGCUUAACCAACGGCGAGAAGGAACAGGGUUGUCCUCGACACAAGACUUCAGUUUUGAAGUAUUUUUGCAGAACUUGUAAUGUUCCUGUCUGCAAAGAAUGCACUCUUUUUGACCAUCAGAGCCCAGUUCAUGAAUGUGAACUCAUUUCAGAAGCUGGCCCCAAACAGAUUGAGCUCAUGACCCAAACCGUUCAAGAAGGGAAGAAUAAGGCAACAGAUCUCCGUAACAUGGUAAAGACUUUAGAGCAUACUGCACAGCGCCUCCAAGUUCAAUAUCAUAAAGCUCAAAACGAGAUCAACGAUACCUUCCAGUUUUAUCGGUCGAUGCUUGAGGAGCGUAAACAGGACUUGCUGAAGGAAUUGGACGGAGUUUUCAAUGCAAAGCAGAUGGGUAUAAGUGUAAUGGGUCAAAAAGCUCAAGACACCGUUGAGAAAAUCUAUCAAGUAUGUGAAUUCAUUGAGCGUCUCGUGAAAUGUUCAAGUGUAACUGAAUGUCUUUUGUUCAAGAAGUUCAUGGACUCCAGAUUGCAAGCCCUAACUUGUUACACCCCGGAUGCUUCCGUUCAACAAGCUUGUGACCUUGAAUUUGUUUCGAACUACCAGGCUAUACAAGUGGGUGUUAGAAAUACCUUCGGCUAUGUCAGGUCUAGUGCUGAAGUCAUCGGUACCAGCAAGCAGCCUCCAAUCGCCAGACCAACCGGCACAAACGGAUCCAUUACAAUGAACGGUUCUUCGCCUGUUAACGGAUGUCUAAACGGUGGAUCCCUUCACUCUGCCGUCAAUGGGGUUACUUUGAAUGGAACGCUGAAUGGAGUCCUAGAGCGACCAUACUCGAACGGUCUUUCUUCAUCCACUUCCAACUCUCAGUACGAAUCCAACAUAAUAUCAAAACGAUUCAGCAGUGCCAACAGCUUGGGACCAUUCAACACCUCCAUCAGUGACCUGGGUUUGAACGGUAUCAACCAUUAUGAAAAGUGGUCUAGUGGCGGAAGUGACAUUUUCCAGAAUGGUGGAAGUGAAUACAUGAGUACUCUUUCACUUAGCAGUCAGGGUGAUCCAAUGCUUGAUCUCAGUUCCAAGUUCCUGUCAUCCACCUCAAUUUUCCCACCAAAAUCUCAAAUCAAACGUCAAAAAAUGAUUUAUCAUUGCAAGUUUGGUGAAUUUGGUGUGCUCGAAGGCCAGUUUACAGAACCGAGUGGUGUGGCUGUCAAUGCUCAAAACGAUAUUAUUGUGGCAGACACAAACAAUCAUCGCAUCCAGAUAUUCGAUAAAGAAGGUAGAUUUAAAUUCCAGUUUGGAGAGUGUGGUAAACGAGACGGUCAACUUUUGUACCCGAACCGUGUCGCUGUUGUGAAGACCUCCGGCGACAUAAUUGUCACAGAAAGAUCUCCAACCCAUCAGAUCCAGAUAUACAACCAAUACGGUCAGUUUGUGCGCAAGUUUGGAGCCAACAUUCUUCAACACCCUCGCGGUGUCACAGUGGACAACAAAGGACGUAUCGUAGUGGUAGAAUGCAAGGUUAUGAGAGUCAUAAUCUUCGACCAGGCUGGAAACGUACUUCAGAAGUUCGGGUGCUCCAAACAUCUUGAGUUUCCCAACGGAGUAGUUGUUAACGACAAGCAAGAGAUCUUCAUCAGUGACAACAGAGCACACUGUGUCAAAGUGUUUAACUACGAAGGGGUCUUCCUUCGUCAGAUUGGCAGUGAAGGUGUUACAAACUAUCCAAUUGGAGUUGGAAUAAAUUCUGCUGGAGAGAUCCUGAUCGCUGACAACCACAACAACUUCAACUUGACCAUCUUCACACAAGAAGGGCAGCUGGUCUCUGCUCUGGAGUCUAAAGUGAAACACGCUCAGUGCUUCGAUGUUGCUCUGAUGGAUGACGGCUCAGUGGUGCUCGCCAGCAAAGACUAUCGACUCUACAUCUAUCGCUAUGUCCAGGUGCCCCCAAUUGGCCUGUGAACAGUUACAUAUCUUUCAUCGAAACCAUUCCUAACACGUUGUUUAUGCAUUUAUUGAAUCGGGAAUGGUACUCACUGUUAAUGUUCCCGUGUUGGUUAUGUUAUUACGAGUCAAAAUUGUUUCAUCUUUCUAAGCAACCAAAACUUCUCUUCCCAUGAUAAUAAUUUAUUGUAACUAGUUUUGUACUUGUUGGGUUGUAAGACAUUCCGUGUUGGUGACACGGUUGUUUCUCGUCGGUUAUCCGACUAUUGUUGUUGUAAAUACCGAACAACUGUUGUUUCCUGUGACCAAAUAACUUUUAAGGCACUUCGUAAUAUAAUCAACUAAUUGUUUUUAACCGUUAUUGACGAGACAGGUUUAUUUCAUUAAUGUUAAGGUCGGAAGCAGCUGCUCCAUCGCACUGUUUUCCCAGUAGAUAUAUAGUGAUUCUCCUUUUCCAAAAUGAUUUUAAAUAUUUUUACACGUGUGCUAACUCAUGCUACUACCAGACUGUGAGGGAAACCGAAGGACUGCAUUUUAAUCUUUAAUCUAGUUUUUAUGUGUAAGUAUAGUUUUAAAGUACGAGGUUGAAAUUGCAAAAUGUCUCGUUUUCUUAAUUCGUUUAGUUUGAUUACAAAAGAUAAGCAAUGAUAGUUUUAAUACAUCACGAACGUGUGUGUUUGUAUGUUUUCCUAUUCUUUGUUAAACUGUCCCUUUGUUAAAUGCCCGGCGACACCAACAAUUGUUGAGCGGAACUUACGCACCCUAGUCACAAGUUAGUUGCGAUGUCUGCAGGGAGGCUUUCCCGAACCGUUUUUUCACGGAACAAAUUUUAUAAUAUGUUUUGCUGUAAUAAGUAUUUUAUUUUUAGUUCAUUAUUUCCUUUUGUUGUUAUUUCUAUUUAUCGAUACUAGUUAAGGGUUUUGCAAAGAGGAUGUCAGAUAGGCACUAUAUGUAGUUACUGCAGAAAAAAUUUGUGUUUGUUUAUUAUUGUUGUUUAAAAUUGUGUACUCACUCUUAUCUACUACACUUUUUUACGUUUAGUUUGUAGUUAAGUUAUACGGAUCAGUAUUCGAGUUAUUGCAAUUGUAAGUGAAACUAGAGUUUCUUUGAGCUGUUUAUGUUUUAAUUUUGUACGACUUGACGCCAAAUUCUAGCCUUGGGUUUGCCUUGUGCCAUCUUGGUUAUUUCUUUCUUUGUUACUCAAAAGACCUAUUCUGUUGUUUAUAACAUGAACAUAUUUGGUCUCAAAGCCUAAAGAUAGAAUUUUACAGAUACAAAUGUUCUUUUCAGUUCAUUAGUAGGAUUGAUGCAUGUAUAUUCUGAAUGUUAUUUAUAUUUUACUUUGAUGAUUAUAGGCCAAAAAUACCAUUUGGCGAUACUGCAUUUAAAGUGUUUUUAUAUUGCAUAGUUCUUGUUUCAUGUUUUGUGUUAGCAAACAUAAAUUAUUAUUAUUAUUAUGUAACUUGAGAUUUUGUUUUCCAGUUAUUAUUUUGUUGUAAGAUGUUUCAGUUUUUAAUAUAUGAUUACUUUUUCCUACUUAGUUCAAAUUUUUUCUCCCCAUUCAACUAACAUAGGCUAGUCUAUCUGACUCCUCACUAACAUUACCUUCCUUAACUCUUAAGCAAAUCUAGUCAUUUUUGUUUGUUAGGAGUUCGUUUAAGUUUGCAAAAUUUUUGUUUUGGAAUGCCUUCGGACAGUUGAUUCGCUGUGAUUGUAAUGCAAGUAUUUGCCUUACGCUUUCAAAUCUAAAACUGCAUCUUGUUUUCAUUAUCCAAUUAGUUAUCCUCUUAGACAAUAAGAAUAACAUAUUUAUCAAAUCUUUCACAAAUCCUAAAUAAUUUUCACAUUUUAACUCUAGCUAAUUGAACUCUAAAAUACAGGGCAAACUUUUUAUACAUAUAAACUAUUUUAUUACUCUUUUGGGCACAACAUAUACAUAACUCAAUGCUUUUAGUAUUAGACUUUGGAAAGUAUUGAGAUUAGCAUCGCCGUUUUUUGAACUACCUUGUAGUGUUUUGACGACUGGUGUUAUAUUCAUUGCAAUUGAGAUUUAACAUGUUUGUAUCCUUCUCAUUGAAAGAGUUUAUUUUUUCACAUUAUAAUACUUUGGAUAGUGAUUGCUUAGCGGAUGUGUUGAUGUUAGUUUAGUUUAUGUUCUCUGUGUAGUCUUUAUGCGGUUCCAUCUGGAGUCCCUAAGGUAAUCUUGACUUAAACCCUCUUUUAAACAUCAAACUAAUUGACUUUUGUAAAUAUUUUAGACGAGUUAUUCGUUUAAUCUCCGAUCUUUUCUAAUCAAUGACUCCAGCUGUGAAUUCGUAUUGUGAUGCUGCUUUUUCGAUAAUUGUUUAUCAAUUGAGCAAAUAAUAGAUUUACAUAUUUGUUGUAGCAUAUUUUGUUGCAUAUUGUUGUAUGACGCACAAUAUUGUACUGCUUCGGGUUUGGAACACCAGUGCCCUCAUCAUAGCUGCCCAAUGCCCAUUGCCCACCCUCUCCCUCUGCUGUCAUGUUCUGUUGUGAAGCUCCCGUCAUAUCAAGACUCUGUAGUUCUAACUAACGCCAGCCAGAUUCCAUGUCAAUUACACUAGGGAACACAAUGUACUCUAGUUCUCCUAAUGUUGGCUUUUGUGCUUGUAGCCUAGUUAUUAUGUCGUAAGGUCCAAUUUUAAUACUAACAUAAGCUGUCACUAGGGACUUUGUUUGUACUCGAUGUGUAGUCUGUUACGAUUAUAGAGUAAGAAUGUUUUUGACCGUAACAAAUAUUUUUAAGGUAAAAGGAGUCCUAUUUGUUGAGGUUAAUGAACAAAAAUUGUCAGUUUCGAGUUGUUAGAUUUAAUUAGUAAUGUCGUGUUGCGCAACUCUAACAAAUACGUUGUUGCAUGUUUCCUCUCGAUCUGUCGAGGGCUCUGUAUACAUAAUGUUUGUUAGUAGUUUUGUUUCCUCCCUUCGGAGGUUACCUUAGAAAUUUAUGUCGAAAAACAAAGUCUGAGAUUGUGAAGUUUGAACGAUGAGAUGUUUUAAUUUUUUAUCUCGACAUCUUUAUCGAUAGUGCAUGUAUAGAAUGGAAACACCAACCUUUAUCCCGGUAUUACCAAAAUAGUUGUUGUUACCUAGAAUUUCACUCUCUCACUUGUUAUUUGCAGACAAAAUCAAUAGGCUUUCAUUUUUCUCUAAACUUUCCUCAAAUUUUUUACCAAGCCUCUAGGUUUUCCAUACAUCUCGAUAACAAAUCUGUGAUUAAUGAAAUUGCCUUUCCCUCUCACUCAUUCAUUGUUAUCACUGUUAGAGUCAGCAGUUCUGUAGCAUAACCUUGUUGCUCACCUCCGCACAUCAUCACCGAUUGUUGAUUAUUCAUAAUCCGAUUUCUCCCUUUUUACACCGUAACAUAAAAAAGAUUAUUUAUCGUUAAACAAAUUUCUGGAUCAAAAAGUUUUGCUCAGUAAUCUUAUAACAUCAUUCCAUCCACAAGAGGCAAAAUUUAAAUUCUUCCGUGUGAGAGAUUGUACGCGCGUGGACCCGGUUCGUGCCUCCCUUGUUCGUACAAUCUACCUCUCGUACUCUUCUAACUGUUGCCCUUCUAAGGGUUUGCUCGUUUAAAUGUUAGUCUCACAUAUGUUAUCGCAUUUGUUAUAUCAACCGUUAUAAUUGACAACGCCAAUUUUGAGAUGUUUGAGCCCUUGUUGUCUUGUUCGCGUGGGGCUCAUACACACACUUGUAUUCUCUGUUCUAUGUUUGUCGGUGGCCCCGAGUGAAUGAUGCUUUUCAACUCUCCGUGCGAUGUAAAUUUUGGCUUUCUAUGUUAUAUAACAUUAGGUUUACGACACUUUGUUCCUUUCGCGGGGUGCUGUUGCCGAGGGUUUAAAUUUUUGGCUCGGCUUUUUAUUGAACCGUCGCAUGUCAAUUUCCGAGUGGUUGUGGGAUGAGGUGCUCAAUGUCAAGAUCGCUCACAGCUGAGGGGGUGGGAUAAGAAGAUGCUAGUCAGUCCAGACGUUCGCGUCCGUUAUCCGCUUGUUAGGUUAGUCCGUGUUAAUGCUAUUUAUAUUUUAUUUUCUGUACAGUUUGUUUUGCUCGUGUGUGUAAGUAGUUAGUAUCGCUGUUGACGGGUUACGUCGCUCUUGCAUUCCUCGUUUUGUGUAGUGUCGUAGUCUUCUGUAGGCCUAGUCGAGUUGAUGUGUGGUAGAUUAUUUUUCUAACGCGGUUAGAUCAUUGCGAGUUAACGUCCCCUCCUUUGGAUCUCCAUUUUUCUUCCAAGUAGGUUUUUUAAGGAACUAACGGGGACCAUCUUUCCUUUAGAUGGUGGGCGUAGAUCUAUGUCUGUGUGCAUGUGUGUGUGUGGUCCUUGUAAGGCCGUUACUCCGGUAGCGAUACUUAUCAAAGCUUUUUAACAAAAUGUUGAACAUUAAGGUGAAAGCCAAUAUUUUGUACUGCAAGUUAUGAUAAUUGUCCUGCUAAAAAGUUUUUGUCAAGUUAUCUUGUGUGACUUAUAUUUAAGAAUUGUUACGAGUAGAUUAGUACGUUGUCGGCGACAUAUCUAUCUAUUAUAGAAUAUUUGUCUAAGAUGGGAGUGACAUGUUUGUUUAUUGUAUUGCCUAGAUUUAACAGCCCAGCAACGAUGAUAAAUGUUUAAUUUGAUUUUUUUAACUUCUUCCUACUUACUGGACUACUUUGUACUCGAUUUGUAAAAGAGCAGGUAAAGGAAAAUCCUGGGAUGAUUUUUGAUUAUCUGUUAACCUUGAACAUAUUUUUAGUAUGAUCACUUACUCUUUUUUUUAUUCCCUGGUACAACUAAUGUUAUACUAAAAAUUACUGUGUUACUAACAAUUUUAACACUAUAUACUGAAUAACUCCAAAAUUGUGACCUUAUUGAUAACUAUUACAUUUUUUACUCAUCAUACACCACAAAUCUUCUGGUACAAUCUGUCCAUAGAAUCAAGUUAGACUUCUUCAUGACUAGUUAUUAUUAUUAAAAUUGUAAUCAAUAAAUAAAUUAUAAGCAAAUAUCUGUUGGGAUUGUUAAGGUUACAUUGCAAUAAUGUACAGUUAGUCGUUGCUGGGCGUCGCUUGUAUUGUUAGCUAAGGUCCAACGUCCGGUUGUAUUGGAUGGCCUAACAUCAUCGUUGUGUCGGAUAUUCUCCGUUUGUUUGCUGUAGUAUUGUUGGACGUUCGGCUCCUGUUCAGGCCAUAAUCAUUGUUGAUAAAUUAUUUUAUGAAGUUUUGGAUAAAAUUAUUUACACACAGAAAAAAUUAGUUGGUUUUUAAUAUGUUGAGUAGUGAAAGAGCACAAUUGUAUUGUUUUAGGCCUAUGCUUUCAGUAAAACUAAUUUUAAGACUGAUGUUUCUACUGAAAUUACUAUUUUUGCGACAUUCUGCCCAUGUUAUGAUAUUAAUGUUUUGUUUGUGAAAUAUUUCCGUGUGGAGAUUUUAAUGUGUUGACUAGUUGUGGCAAUCCAUUUGACAAAAUAAAAUAGUUGAGUCGUCAAAUUGAGGGAGUUUCUUGGUAACAGGAUCACUUUUUAAAAUAAACAUAAUCUCUUCUUCUAGAAUUCAUCCAAGAAACUAAUUAUCUUUAUUAGAUUUAGUUCUGUACACUACAUCGAUUCAAAAUUAAAACCUUAUAAUAUUUGUUUUUUAUCCAGAUAGUGUUUUCUAUCUCUGAUCAUUUUAAGUGACACACAUGCAUUCCUAACAUUAAUAAGAAUAGAUCUUAAUACAAGUAGACUGUUAAGUAAGUAGUCAAGUGAUUCCACCAAUUUGUUAUGCUUUAGUUGUCUUUGCUAGUUUUUGCUUGAAGACAAUCAUAUUUCUUAGUGUUAUCCAUCUAGGAGAUUUAUUUUUGAACGAAUAUAGGUCUAAACUAUGUGUACUUCAUUGUUCUAAAGUAGGAUAACGCAAUAACUGGUAAGGGCAACAAUGGCACCCUGGCAGAGCCCCAUUCUCCUCCUUGUUUUCUGUUUAUGACAAUAUGCUAUUUGGGGACCAAUUUUACUACUGAUCAAUAUUUUGAAAUAAUAGGUUGCUAUUUCAAAUCUGGAGUUUCUCCCCCCAGUAUGUAAAUUUGCAGUAAAUCAAAAAAUGUAUUUUAGUUUUUGUUAGCUUCUAUCUACAACGACCUUCACUCCACUGCCACAGUCCGCAAUGCUGGACUCUGGUAGAGCAGGGAAGGUCUUACCCUCUCUGGGACCAAAAUCUGUUUUAGAAUUCCUUCAUCGAUAAAUGUGUCUAAAUUAUAAUCUCAAGCGGGAAGACGGACACCCAGUCCUAGAAAACACGGGGGAGGAGGGUGGGACAGCUCCCAGUACCCGGUGAUAUUGUUACCAAGCUCCCGAGAAUCUAAAACACGGUGUUUUCCGUUCACUCAAUGAAAGGUACAAAAUGGUUUUGUUAAUAUUUAAGUACAGUUAUAAGCGAGUUUCGAAUUUAUUUUUUAUAAAGUUGUUAAUCUUGUGAAUGCUAAAGGUUAUUAAUAGAAUCCUAUAAUAAUGUUUGUACGCAUAUCUAACUUGGUUUAUAGUUAGUUUUUCUAUUCUCGUUGGAUGCCAUCUGAACCGGUCAUCAUAUGUCGCUGAUGUUUGUCUUAUCGAGUGUUUAAAUAUUGUUUCGUUGCUUGAAUUUGGCUGCGUUGACAAAGAAAUAAAUUUCAUUAAAACUAA